AGCUGACACACACUCGCCCGGCUGCCGUUCACUCUGACACAUGCACACACACACAGCCCUCUCCCUCCCUCUCUCUCUCUCUCCCUCUCUCUCAGUAAUACACGCUAACACACACACACACGCACACACACAUGCAGACACACACAGUCAGUCAGUCAUCAACCUCAUUCAACUCCCUCCCAGCCACGGGUCAGCAGCUCAGACAGGCACCUUGUUCCUCUCCAGCUGGAAACAGCGGAGCAUCGCAAGGUGCAUAGACACACACAUUUACAUACAUAUAUAUAAACAUAAACGCACAAGCAUCAUCCUUCAACCCCAGGAUUUUUAUCUUUGGAACGGGAAGGCAGACUUCAUUCCGAGGAGGAAACCGGACAAGAGAGCAACUUUCAUUCACUGAAGAUGAAGUGAAAGGCAAGAAGAUGACCUCUGCAGGAACUUUGACAAGCUUGUUGCAGUAGGAAGCCCAAACAUCACCAUCCAAUGGGUCUUCUGUGAGUGGCUCCCCUCUUUCCUCGCCAUCUCCUCUCCUCUCCUCGCCAUCCAUCCUUCCGCUGGGACGUCUCCUGAUCAUCAGCAUGCCUACAGCCUGCACAAUAAGGUGCACCUCGGGAGUGUGACCCACCAUGUGCAGAUGGACGCCAUCCCAAGCUCACCUCCAUCCUCCUGAACCUGCUCUCAGGCGACGCCAACCUCCCCCACCGCUGCCCAACGCGGCCUCCUUCUGCCUGGCAUGCCUGGUCUUACUUCUGGUGGCCGCCGGCGCUGCCUCUGGGGCCUGUCCCCCUGGGUUAGGCCACGAACCCCUCCAGGUGGUGGCAGGCAGCUUGAACUGCUCAUGGACGUUGGAGAGACACACUCGCAGUUACAACCACCUCGAGGGCGAUGUGAGGCUGCGGCGGCUUUACUCGGCCAACAAGUUCUUCCUGUGCAUUGACAAAACAGGCAAGGUGGACGGCACGCGGCGGAAAAACUACGCAGACAGUCUGAUGGAAAUCCGAUCUGUCAGUGUGGGAGUUGUUGCCAUCAAAUCUGUCAGCACCGGGUUGUACUUAGCCAUGUCCAAGAAAGGCACGCUCUUCGGAUCGGUUAAGUACAACCCAAGCUGUAAGUUCAAGGAGCGCAUCGAGGAGAACGGCUAUAACACGUACGCCUCCCUCCGCUGGAAGCACGGCGGCAGGCAGAUGUUCGUCUCCCUCAAUGGGCGGGGGAAGCCGCGGAGAGGCCACAAGGCUCGGCGGAGACACCCAUCCACUCACUUCCUGCCCAUGCUGCCCUCCUAGCUCCGCCGCGUUCGGCCUCCUCGGACUCAGAUGGCCUUGUUUAUUUUUAUCCUCCCUUUCUCCCUCCGUGUCAGAUAUAUGUACAUUGGAUCAGAUCUGUGACAUUCAUUUGUAGAGGUAGUUUGUGCUUUUAAGUUAUUUCCUAAAGACUGUAAAGACAGUAGUAUCUUCAGGCUGUGUGUGUGUGUGUGUGCGUGUGCGUGUGCGUGUGUGGACACUCAACAGGAGCUCCCAUUUAAAGAAGCUUCACAUGGACUGCUUUUAGCUCAAAGUCAACAAGAAGGGAAGCAUCUAAGCCCGCAGAGAUGAGACUCUAUCAUCCCUAUCUUCACCGCCGCCUUGGAUACGGGACUUCUACUUAAGACACCUCACCUUCACACAUGAGAACUUCAUGUCUUCAUGUGACGAGAACACGGUAGAAAUAGAUGGACAAUUACUCGCCGUUUUAUUUAGAUGAGCUGUAUGUAAAGCAUAUGCAUGCAACUGUCAAGAUGGCUUCUUCUUAUUGUGUCUGGAUGUAAAGUAAAACUAACCUUUCCACCACACCAUAGAGGCCGUACUGCACUGUAGCUCCACUCCAUGUGGCUGAUGUAGAAGCCAGGUCACAAGCAUUUUCUACACUAAAUAAACAGGUUCCUGCUAA